AUGGCCCCAGUCACACGCAGUCAGCGUUCUGGACGCGACGCUGCCACUGGCCACAAUCAUGACCCGGCGAUCACUACUUCACGGCUGCGCCUGCGUACAGCUCGGCAGACGCAGAAGGAUGACUACUCUACGACGACGGUCUUUGCCAGAUCUGGCCACUCUUCUAGACAUGGCAAAGCAUCGAGAGGCUAUACAUCUGAUGAGCCGCCACGCUUCAUCAUCAACCUCUCACUGCCGCCUGAGCAACGCUACCUGGAGGUCUGCGCUGCUUUCGAAGAACCGAUGCUCGAAUUAACGGCACUUUUCGACGAGGUUGUAGGCGGUAUGGUAACCUUCUUGCCAUUGAGCUGGCUGAGACUUCUAUGCAAGAUGUUCUUGAGGCGGAUCUACAACGAUGAAGAGAAUGCCGAGCUUAUAGGCAUCAGUCGAGCGGUGGGUAUAGAAAUGUACCUACUCGUGUGUUUCAAUGUGCUGCUGGACCUGAUGAUGGGUUGUUCCAGUGGUGGGGCUCGAGUGCGGGACGAGCAAAGUACGACUGGUGGGAGCAAGAUGUUGCAUUUUCGUACACUGGACUGGGACAUGCCCGCGCUGCGCAAGAUUGUGAUCCAGCUAGACUUUUGCCUCGAAAGAGAUGGACCGAUCACAGCAAGCAGUAUUACUUACGCAGGAUUCGUUGGUGUUCUUACCGGCGUGCGUCCUGGUCUCAGCCUCAGUCUCAAUUUCCGACCGAAUCGCAUCGACAACGGCAAGUUCUGGUCGGAUGCUGUUUACUUCCUGCAUAUGGUCCUGGUGCUCCUCGGACUCCGUGCUAGCAUCUCGUCGACUCUGCGAAGUUUUCUAUUGCCCCGAGCCGCUAUGAAACCUGCCUCCCUGACAUCCAAGCCGGCGCAGACCUCUCCUCCAGCUUUCGUGGACAUAAUCGGCGCAAUGACUGGCAUGAUCGUGCCGAUUCUGAUGACCACAGUCUGCUAUCUAUGCUUCUGCAGCGGCCAAGAGACCGUUGUCGUCGAGAAAGACUACAGGAGCGCCACGUCACGUACGAGUCAGGAUUUCAUAGUCGUGACAAACGCCGACAGCACCUCCUCAGCCCAGCCUAGGCGAUCUCCUUCUGUCAAGGACACAGAAGAGUCGGUCAAAGUAACUUUGGACGAAGUGGUUGCAGAAGCCAAAGAUAGAGAGAGAUGUGCUGUGGACAGUUGGCAGAGUAUCACAGCCCGAUCAUGUGGCCGCGACCCUUUUGUCACCAGGUCUGCCGGCAUCAAGGACGUUGUCAGAUUGGUUCAGGCUUACCCGACUACAAACGAAUGCACUCAUUUCGCAUGUGUUCUCGAUCCAACCAUCGGCACGGUGAGAUGGUGUCGGCGUUAUCAUGCAGUAGACUAG